UGGCUUGAUUUCUGCAAUCGUGGCUUUCCGCUUUGCUCUUCUUUUGAUGGCCGCACAGACGUGGAAGUUGUUGUAUAAAGGUGUCUUGGACGUUGCUAGCCAGUAUGGACGGGCGGGGUACACUCAAUGGUUGUCUUGUUGUUGAUGUUGGCUUUGAAUCCAUUUUUACUGUAAAGUUAGCUCGAGUUUAUCUCUGUUGACUUGGCCUUUGUGUGAUAUGCUUCCCAGGAAGACAACAACACGUCACAAUCGAUUAGCCAUACCGUCUAUCUGUCGAUGAUUUGCGUUCAUUAACCUACAGUCAUUGUUUACCCUCUUGAGUGUUGCAGUAUGAUAGCGUACACGGGGUCUGGUCUAGCCUACUGGAUUUAUCGAUGUGCAGAACGCCCGGGCGUCUGAGAGUGCGUGGGAGUUCCCCCUGCCGUUUCUAUGUAUUUGGCCUAGUUUGAUGCCCUGUGGUCUGCUGUCCCCGCACAUUUGUCUAAACGGGCAGAAAGGGAACAGCUGAAUUGCCACAGUAGUUCCCUGCCUGACACUUCGGACCCUCCUGGACUCUAACUCUCCUGUGUGUCCCGUUUUCCUGCCGAUGGGUCACAUUCUCCUUCUGUUCGACUGACGGCAUCUAGUACACUCUUCUUCAUCUGACUCUGUUUGGAAUCAACCCUCUUCUGAUGUGAGCAGCCACACCGCGUAUGGGUGUAUAGGUGUGAGUUACAAAUAGUUUAUGUGUAGUGAAGGAGUUUGACUGUGGACCUUCUGUUGAACGGUCCCAUUCCAGGACUUUCCUCAACUGGAUCCAAUAACAUUAUCUACCUGAAGUCGCUGUGCUUCCCAUUGUUAGGGAAGAUUGGAGCUUCUCGUCUUCCUUCCAGGAGGUUAUAUCACCCUAGAGGGUUCUUCUGUGUGGUCUGAAAGUGCAGGAGAGCUCAACACAGGCUUCUCUGGUCUUCCAGGCUGAAGAUUCGCUCACUGCCUCCGAGGAGGAAAGAUGAGGGCAUCAUCAGACUGAAGUCCCGUCAGCCAUCCUUGGGGAUUGGAGACUGCGGCAACCUUUUCAGCUCGUCUUUGCCAGCUUGUGUGUGUGUGUGUGUGUGUGUGUGUGUGUGUGUGCACAGGUGAGGUAGAGCCAGCUAAAAAUCCCAGCAUGAAUGUAUGAGUUGCAGACAUACAGAACAGUACAAGUGUGUUUGACUGAGCAUGUGUGUAUGUCUCUGUGUGUGAGCGUUCUCCUCGCUCUCUGUGAAAAUGGACUGGUCACUGGAGAGGAUGCGUGAACUUGUGGCCGGUGGCAUGCAGUCAAUGCGUGAGUGUGAGUCCAGCGUGCUGGGCACUGCCCUGUGCCUGGCGCUACUCUUCGUGUGGUACUGCUACCGCGUCGGGCGGGAACAGAGCAUGCCAAGCCUGCGAGGCGCCUACGGUGUGGCCGAGAACCGACGCGGCAGCCUGGCAGUGCCGGGCCGCGUCGGCUCCCUUAUACCCUCGGACGGAGCUGGUCUGGGGAGGGGCACCAAGGGGCGGCAAUGCUCCGGCGAGGAGCUGAACGGCUUCGCUUACUGCCAGUCGCCCGAGUGCUUCCGCUGCACACACGCCGGUGAAGGGCUCAACCAGAGGCUCUACCACAGCCUGCAGGACUACGCCAAGCGCUACACCUGGGCGGGCAUGGGCCGCGUGCACAAGGGCGUGCGCGACCAGGGCCGCUACCUGCUCUCGGGGCGGCCCUCCAUCCAGAAGCCGGAGGUCUUCUUCCUGCCAGACCUGCCCUCGGCGCCCUUCUUCUCGCGCGACGCACAGAAGCACGAUGUUGAGCUGCUUGAACGGAGUUUCCCUGCGCUGCUAGCAGAGUUCGAGAGUGUCUACCGGCUGCCCCCCACCGCCACGUCCUCCUCGCUGCCACCGGGAUGGAAGGCCAACAGCACGCCACGGGGCCAAUGGUGGACCUUCUACCUGGUGAACCAGGGCACGCCUCUCGCCGUCAACGCCCGACGGUGCCCGCGUGCCUGGAGGGUCCUGGGACAGCUGCGCACCUUCGUUGCCAACAACGUGUUCGGCAACGCUUGCUUCUCGGUCAUCACGCCGGGGGCCGCUAUCGCUGAGCACUAUGGCCCCACCAACGUGCGCCUGCGCUGUCACCUGGGUCUGAAGGUGCCCGCUGGUUGUGAGCUGGUGGUUGGGGGAGAGCCGCAAUGCUGGUCGGAGGGCAGCUGCCUGCUGUUUGACGACUCCUUCUUGCACACAGCCUUUCAUGAGGGCACCGCAGAGGACGGCCCAAGGGUGGUCUUCAUGGUGGACCUCUGGCACCCAAAUGUGGCAGCUGCUGAGAGGCAGGCCCUGGACUACAUCUUCAGUCCUGGACACUGAGCGAGAGAGAGAGUGAGUGAGUGAGAGUGAGAGGGCAAGAGUGUGAGAGAGAAAAGUAGAGAGAGAGAGAGAGAAAGAGAAGGUGAGAAAGAAUGAAAGAGAUGGUGUAAAAGCCUUGGUGCCUCAUGUAUGGGUGAGAAACUAUAAAACCUGUGAGAAAGCCAAAAAAGCAUUUAUAGAGGUCAAAAAGAGAAGGGUUAGGAGAGAUUGUAAGGAGGGAAGUUGUGAAAAUGAGGCCAGUUUGAAGGGUUAUGUUUGUUAUGCGUAGUCCCACCACCCACCUCACCCCCACUGUUUAUACUGCAAGUGUACAUAAAGUAUCCUUCUCUGACAUGAUAUACACACCCACCUGCUGUGUCCAUCCCUUUGGCCAGGGCUUUUCGGAACAAACAUUUUGUACUGAAUGUAAAUGUUUGCAGAUUGACCAAUCAAAAAAAGUGUUUUCAUCUGCCCUGUGGUAUACCUUUAGUUAACCCAGAGAAGCUAGUACACAGCUCAACAGUGCUGUUGUUACAUCGUCCUACUAGCUGACCUGUUUGUACAGAAAUGCUUGGUGCAAAUUAGCUGUUUUCUGGUUCCUUUUGUAAGCAGUAAAUAAAAAAUAAAUUGGCAGAACACUAGCACAGGUGAUCCAGUGGUACAUUUUAUGACCGGCGAGUUCAACUGAUGAUGAACUACUUCUUCAAGACCAAAACAUGGCAUUCAAAUGGUAGCCUACUUUACAGGAUAGCGUGGUUGGAUUUGGCACAUGGGGGUGUGAUUUUUGUAACCCUGUUUAGACUACUGGGUAACCUCUGUAUUUUCUGACCACUUAGUUAUUGAGCAAGGUUACAAGGAGUGAGGGUGGGUCUGUGUGUUUGUGCGCAGUUUUCACUGCUUUCUACUUUGGUACAUUUAAAAUGGAGCACAGCGUAUACUUGACACAUUUUUAAAAGUUUACAAUUGUUACAGUUCUUAAAUGGGCUAGAUUUUAACUCUUAAUUGUUCCGUAUUUUGAUCAGUCUUCUCUAAGUACCAGCUGAUUGCAUCUUUUUGUGGUAUUGAUACAUUCCUUUUGUAAAAAAAAUAAUAAAAAAAAUCAGUUGUUUGAUGAUGUGGUUCAAGUAACAAGUGAUUUUAUUUUAUUUUGUUUUGUGUUUCUUUGCCGUUGCAAAUCAAUCCUCAGAUUUUUCUCUUCAGUCAGUAUUGUGCCAUAAUCUCACUUGGAAAAAAGUCACAGUUUUAUCAGUAGGUUGAAUAAAAAGUGUUGCCUUUACACUCA